AUGGCUGCCGCCGCCGCCAGGGCAGGCGGCCGCCCGUGGCGUGUGAUCCCGCGGCCGGUCAUGGAGACCGUCCUCCACAACCACGCCCUCCACCCGCGCGUGCCGCAGCCGCUGCUCCUCCACGGCCCCCGCGGCGUCGGCAAGUCCACGCUCCUCCUCAACCGCCUCCUCCCUCAGUGGUCCGAGCCCCCGCACUACGCUGCCUUCGUCGACUUCCUCCACCCCUCUCCCAGUUCCCCUGCUCAUGCGCCCUGGUCUCUCCUCUCAGACACGCCCCCCUCCCUGCCCUCCCUCCGCCUCCGGCUCGAGUCCGCGCUGGAGGAACUCACCCGCGCCGCAGUACUCCGAGGUGCCGUCGGUUCCAAGGACGUGCUCGCCGCGCUCUCACGGUCCCACGGCCUCCACACCGUGCUCUCUCGCCUCGCGGGCCCUGCCUCCCGCCGCGGCCAGGGCACUAACUCGGUUCCGGUGCUCUGGGCAAGGGCUGUCCUAGCUGCAACCUCCUCGGCCCGUGGUGACGACCCCACCUUCCGCAUUGGUGAGGGGGAGGCAACGAACUGCUCCAUGGAGGAGAGGGCGUACAUGCAGGAGGCCAUGGCGGCGCUGCGUGUGGCCAAGGAAGUUCUCGGGAUGCAGGAGGGGUGGAGGAAGGAGGCGGUGCGGGAGAUGAAUAGGACAGGCCGGUUCUCCCGUCCACUGGCCAAUUCGGCCACAGACUGGCCAUGCCUCUUGCUGGAUGUGUUGUCAGGCGCAGCCGAGGAGGAUUUUUUCCAGCCAAAGCUGGUGCUGAACAACGUUGAUGCCCUGAGGAAGGCGACAUGCGAGGACGAUACAAUGGUACCCGCAGCAGUGUACCAUGACAGCUUCAUUUGGAGGGUGAUAGCACUCGGUGCUAAUGAACAGUGCUUACCGGUCAUUAUGUCCACCUCAGAUGGAUACUAUUCUUCCCAAGCAUUCGUCGAUUUUGGUUUUCCUAAUAUCUUCAUUUCUCGUGAGUGGAAAGUCGUUGAUGAGCUUCUUGGACCAAACCCACGACAAUUAUGUGAGAUAUAUAUGCUAAAGCAAAAGGCGAAUGACCCAGAGGUUUUGCAUGACACAAACAUUGAGGAAAUUAUUGACACAUACCUGGCACACUUGCAAGUAUCUGUUGUGAAUCCCGCAAUGCAAACAGCAUUAAGUAUGGUGCAGAAGUUUGCUUCUGAUGUACGCGAGGGUAAAGUACCAGAGAACAGAUUGUCUUUUGGUGCGCCUUGGAGACAUCCACGGGCUGACAAUCCUGACAUGUGCUAUAAGUGGGCAAAGAUUCAACUGAUGGAUUUUGUUCAGUCUUAUGUAAACACAGAAUUUGGGUUGAAUUACCUAGCAGAUGAUAGCCUGGAAAUAUUGGAUGAUCCUGCAGCAGUCGCCAUGAUGGAGGUUGGCUUACUUUAUCAACAGAGAGAUCCAUCCUUUGUGCGACCAAUCACACGUGGGAUUCAGCGUUGUCUUGCUAGAUGGCUUGUUCAGCAGAGACUAGAGUUGACCCUUCAAGAAUCAAUAUCAUUCUCAUGGCAACGUGUAAUUCGUGGGCGAAGCUAUCGACACUUGAUGAAGGAAGUUGGCUACAAGUAA